CAAAUUUCAAUGGCUGUAACUCUUCAAACCAAGUAUCCUAUAAGUCCCAUCACCAACAGCAUCCCAAGAACUCACCGUCCUCCAUCGCUUCUCCGCCUACGAGUCUCUUGCUCCGUUACUCCGGCCACCACCAAGACUCAGCCUAACCGUGAGAAGCUUGUGGCUGUGAAUCCUCAUCUUACCAACGACCCAACUCUGCAAUCUACAUGGACACACCGCUUAUGGGUUUCAGCUGGCUGCACCACCGUGUUUGCUUCUUUUGCCAAAUCCAUCAUUGGAGGGUUUCAUUCUCAUCUCUGGCUUGAACCAGCUUUAGCCGGUUUUGCCGGGUACGUUUUAGCAGAUCUAGGCUCUGGUGUGUACCACUGGGGCAUAGAUAACUACGGUGAUGAGUCAACGCCUCUAAUAGGAACCCAAAUCGAAGCUGCUCAAGGUCACCACAAGUGGCCUUGGACAAUCACCAGACGUCAAUUCGCCAACAAUUCACACGCUCUGGCUCGAGGCAUAACCAUAGCAGUUCUCCCACUUGUCCUUGCAUCUAAAGACCCUUUGGUUCAUGGUUUCGUGAGCACGUUUGCAUUUUGCGUAUUGUUUUGCCAGCAGUUUCAUGCUUGGGCUCAUGGAAGCAAGAGUAAGCUUCCACCUCUCGUAGUGGCCUUGCAGGACAUGGGGCUUCUCCUUUCACGUACACAGCACGUGAAUCAUCAUCGACCACCGUAUAACAGUUAUUGCAUAGUGAGUGGGGCGUGGAACAAGGUUUUGGAUGAAAGUAGGUUCUUUGAGUCAUUGGAAAAGUUGUUGUAUUUCAAGAUCGGAGUGAGACCGAGGUCAUGGAGCGACCCAAACUCCCAAUGGACAGAAGAAACCGAGACUUCCAACAACCUAGCAUAA